GAGUGAGAAAAGAGAGAAGAGAGAGAGAGAAGUAUAUUGGAACAGUAAGGACGAGAAGGAAGUGAUGGAUUAUACACCAGAGAGGAGCAAGAAUAACCAGAUCGCAACAUCUAUUACCAAAUUCGAGGAUUCGCCCGUGUUUAGUUUCCUCAACAGUCUUUCACCUAUCAAACCCGUAAAAUCGACACACAUCACUCAGACAAUCAAUUCGCUUACUUUUGCUUCUCUUCCAUCCGUUUUCACUUCGCCUCAUGCUACUUCUCUCCGCGAAUCCCGAUUUCUCCAACGACAUCAGAUUUCAGAUCAGUCAAACGCCGAGUUUUCAACCGAUGACGGGAACAUGGUUUAUACAGAUAAAACUGAGAAAUUGGAUGAAUAUAAGGAGAAUCUUGAUCCAAGGGUAUCUAAUAUUUGUGCCGAAAAUUAUAAUGUAGUAGAAUAUGGUUGCUCUUCGUCUUCGACAUUUAUUCAAAUUGCAGAAGAGUCCUCGGGUAGUGGUUUAUACAGAGAUGAAAUGAGUUUACAAGUGAUAAGCCAAACCGAUCAAGCGAAAGAAUCUGCACCGUCCGAUUGGGAGAGUUUGAUAUCGGACGGCUCGGAUCUAUUCACUUUCGAGUCACCAAAUAUUGAUAGAGAUGCUUACAGCAAACCAGUUGAUCCCUCGACAAUUUUCUAUACGAGUAUUAAGAAUGCCAUACAGAAUGAAGUUGUUUCUGGCAAAAGAUUUGGACAGGCGAACGAACAACCUCAAAACUUGUCUACUCAGCCCGAAGAAGCAAUUGAUAUGACGGAAAAUGCCGAGGCAAGUGGCUUAAUUCCUUGCGAAAAGACCGAUUUUGAGCAUGUUACUGGUCUAUACCGUGGUGUAAGAAGACGCUGCCUGGUUUUUGAAUUGGGUGGGUCCCGCAUUAAGCGUUUGGACAAUAAUGAUUCAUGUCCGGAUUCUUCUAAUAUGCAAAACUCCGAAGGCAAUACUUCCUCCAAUCAGACACUAGCUCCAACAAAGCUCGUAAACGAUUCUUCGUGUAAUGCAUUUCCUGGAAUUGGCUUGCAUUUAAAUGCUCUCACAACAACCUCUAGAAGAUUAUUAGUGGGGCCCACUUCAUUUUCAGACAACAUGCAUGCUUCGACUUCUGGGCAAGAGGACUACGCAAACGGUAUACCCCCGUUGGAAGAUUCUUUUCAAGAAUCGGACUAUAUGGAAAAUGUAGAGAUGAAUCAGACUAGUCCGAAAAAGAAGAGCCGUCGAACGGAACAAGUUGUGGAGGGUGGUGAUCAAUCGUGUAAGAGAUGUAACUGCAAGAAAUCGAAGUGUUUGAAACUGUAUUGUGAAUGCUUUGCUGCUGGUGUGUACUGCGUGGAGCCGUGUGCGUGUAUAGAUUGUUUUAAUAAACCUAUACACGAAGAUACUGUUCUUGCGACUCGUAAGCAGAUUGAAUCGAGAAAUCCUCUUGCUUUUACUCCCAAAGUUAUUAAGGGUUCUGAUUCUUUAUCAGAAAUCGGGGAUGACUUCAGCAAAACUCCGGCUUCUGCUCGGCAUAAAAGGGGAUGCAACUGCAAGAAAUCCGGUUGUCUGAAAAAAUACUGCGAAUGUUAUCAGAGUGGAGUUGGAUGCUCGAUUAACUGCAGAUGCGAAGGUUGUAAGAACGCGUUUGGAAGAAAAGACGGUUCUUCAUGCACUGAUCACGAAUUCGAAGAAGAUGAAACAGAAACGAACGAGAUCGAGCAAAGCAUGGAUUCUGCUCUUCAUGCAACACCUUUAAAUACUAAAAGGAAAAUUAUCGAGCCAUUCCCAUCGAAGCAAAAACCACCUCGAUCAUCAUCAUCAAUCGGGUCGUCUUCCGGAAAGUCAAACUUCUUUCCACCGCCGCCCAAAUUCAGUCAACAUUUCGAAACGGUGAACGAAGAUGAACUAUUGUCCGAUUUUCUUGAAUUAAAUUCACCGAUCAAAUUGUCAUCCCCUAAUCGGAAAAGGGUUUCGCCACCACACGGUUUAGAGGGUUUGCGGAGCAGCAGAAAGUUGAUACUUCAAUCGAUUUCGUCUUUUCCUUCUCUCACCUCUAAUAAUCUUCAGUGAGUUCAUUAUUCUUUUUAUUGCAGUGAUCCAUUUGUUGUAGUUAUAAGGUUGUCUUAGUUUUUUUACCAUUUCUUUUAAUUGCAUUAUACAGUGUAGCUAAAUGGUAAUAAAACUACUUGCUUCCAUUUGUUGUUACACAUUUUUUUUCAAGAUUCACAAUUUGAAUAAUUAUCUUAAUU